CUGGCAUUAACAAAUUAUAAGCGAAUCCAUCAAUUUAUUAUCAACAGACUUACACAAUUACAAAGAAAUUUAAGUGUUAUUUUUCAAAAGGAAGAUAUUCAGUUUGUCGAGUGAUGCCUUUCUGUCAAUCAACACUCUCUGGAAGUUCAGCUUGAAAAAUGAAGAAUGGCUUACAGGACAGCAGUUAAUCUUAACCUGCUUGUAAAACCACUAUCAAAAACACCUAUUUUUCCAAACAAUCCAAAACCCCUUCCUUUUGUUGGAAAAACCCAAAAUUCAUGGAUCGGAAGGGCGUCAUUAUGGUCAAUGAAAAAGGACCCUGCACUGGAAAAGGCCUUGAAAAGAAACCGGCGGUGGACAAUCAACAAUCAGCUGAAGAACAUUCUUCAGAGGUGCCCACAACAGUCCGCUUCAGUAAAAUUCCUGCAAAGAAAAUUCAACUCCCUCGACAUCAGGCAAGGUAAUGUUCUCAAUUGGCUCAGAAAAUACCCCUGCCUUUUCGAUAUCUAUACAGAGAAUUUCGAGAUCUAUUGCAAGUUUACAAAGAGAGUGCGACUCCUGAUAGAGGAGGAAGAAACCCUAAAAGAGCAGCUGGAGCCUGUCAUGGCUGAAAGAUUGGCUAAAAUAAUCAUGUUGACCUGGAAAAAGAAAUUAAAUAUUGUGAAAUUUAAUGACCUAAGAAAAUAUUUUGAGUUACCCGAUGAUUAUGUUCUGAGUAUUGUUCCCAAGUAUCCGGAGCUUUUUAGGGUUAGUGAUUAUAAUGCCAGGAAAAAUAGCUUAGAAAUUCAGCUGGUUUCAUGGAAUCCUAGCUUGGCUGUUUCUGUUGUGGAGAGAAGAGCAGAGCAAAUGAUGCAGAAAACAGGGCAGAAGCUGGUGCCUAUGUUUGAGUAUAGGAUAUCAGAGGGUGAUGAUAGUUUACAGGCGGAAAAGUUUAAUAAAUUUCAGGAAGCUCCAUAUAUUUCACCAUAUUCUUAUUGUGAGGAUCUGGAAGAAGGAUCUGAACAGCAUGAGAAAAGAACAGUUGGGGUUAUUCAUGAAUUGCUUUCUCUGACAAUGUGGAAGCGGGCCUCCAUUGCGAAGCUGGCAAAGUUUCAGAGAGAGUUUCGAUUUCCACGGAAUUUGGUCAACAUGUUGAUGAGGCAUCCUGGGAUUUUUUAUGUUUCAAACAAGAAUGAUAGCCAUACAGUAGUUCUCAGAGAUGGUUAUGUUGAAUCGGAGCUUGUUGAGAAGGAUCCUUUGGUUGUUGCAAAGGAGAAAUUUGGCGAGCUCAUGCAGGAAGGGCUCUAUGAGUUUACUGAGAGGCGGAGAAAAGCGAAUUUGGAGAAGAGAAGAGAAAAUAGACCUCUGUGGAAGAUGAAUAAUGAUUUUAAGAAGCUGGGAAGGGAGAUUUUUGAUAAUGAAGUAGAAGGGAAAGAAGAGAAGUAUCAGAAAGAAGCAAGAGAAAGGUUUCAGAAAGCAUGGCCUGGUCCUGAUGCAAGAUGAGUCCCGCAGAUUGCUUAUUAAUAAACUAUGCCACAAACUUAUGUCUGCACUUCAUAUGAAUUCAGCCAUUAUGCAGAUCCUCUUAUCAGAUGUGCAACAGCGAGACUGUUGAGCUUCUAUCAUUUGCAGGAGUAGGAUGAUUCCUCGUGUAACCAAUUGGAACCUUUGGUCGUUGGGAACCAGUUUGUAUUGCCUGCUGGAGGAUAUCGAUGCAGCCAUGCUCCAAAUUGGGUGUCUUAAUAGGCAUGGACUAGCUUCAACCCUUGUCAUCUAAAAUGAAAUUAAUUGUAGCGUGCAUAAUUAGUCCAUGGAGGGAUUCCUUAUCUGGAGAUGAAUGAGUUGUCUACAGCCAAUAUCACAUGCACACUGAUAUUUUGUUCACAGACACUUGGAGGCAAAAACAUGAGGUUUCAAGUCGAUUUUCACUUUGGCAGAAGUCAGUUUAGCUUCAGCUCGAUUUUCAGGAACUACGAGAACGUAUUGUCAAAUAGCAAGAAUGCCACUAGAACUAGCGGGAAUGCAUUCUCGUUGUCGUACGAGUGGAAAUUUUUUAAUUCUUUGCUCUAAGGUUUCUUUGUUUUUUGUCAGCACCUAAUGGUAAAACGACGAGUUUGCAUUUAGAAAUAACGGUAUUGACACUAGUAACAGUGGAAUUGUGUGAAAUAAUGGCGAGUUUGCAUUUUUGUCUGUG